CAGAUGUCACUAGUAGAUUUGGGAAAGAAACUUUUAGAAGCUGCACGAGCAGGUCAGGAUGAUGAAGUUCGCAUUUUGAUGGCAAAUGGAGCACCUUUUACCACAGAUUGGUUGGGAACAUCUCCACUUCAUCUAGCAGCACAGUACGGACACUACUCAACAACAGAAGUGUUGCUGCGAGCAGGUGUAAGUCGGGAUGCCAGAACCAAAGUGGACAGAACUCCAUUGCAUAUGGCAGCAUCAGAAGGCCAUGCCAGCAUAGUAGAAGUCUUACUUAAGCACGGUGCUGAUGUCAAUGCGAAGGACAUGCUCAAAAUGACUGCACUCCACUGGGCUACUGAACAUAACCAUCAAGAAGUUGUAGAACUCUUGAUAAAGUACGGAGCAGAUGUUCACGCUCAGAGUAAAUUUUGCAAAACGGCAUUAGAUAUUGCAGUAGACAAUGGAAAUGAAGACCUUGCAGAAAUAUUACAGAUUGCAAUGCAGAACCAAAUCAAUACGAAUCCAGAGAGUCCGGACACUGUGACGAUACAUGCAGCAACACCACAGUUCAUCAUUGGACCUGGAGGGGUGGUGAACCUAACAGAUGAAACAGGAGUGUCUGCUGUACAGUUUGGAAAUUCAUCAACGUCAGUAUUAGCCACAUUGGCAGCUUUAGCAGAAGCAUCAGCUCCACUGUCUAAUUCUUCAGAAACACCAGUUGUGGCCACAGAAGAGGUUGUGACUGCAGAAUCUGUGGAUGGUGCUAUUCAGCAAGUUGUCAGUUCUGGAGGUCAGCAAGUUAUUACUAUAGUUACAGAUGGCAUUCAGCUUGGUAAUCUGCAUUCAAUUCCAACCAGUGGAAUAGGGCAACCAAUCAUUGUGACCAUGCCUGAUGGACAGCAAGUAUUAACAGUUCCAGCAACAGACAUUGCUGAAGAAACUGUGAUAAGUGAAGAACCGCCAGUGAAGAGACAGUGCAUUGAGAUUGUUGAAAAUCGUGUGGAGUCUGCAGAAAUAGAAGAAAGAGAAACUCUUCAGAAACAGCUGGACGAGGCAAACAGAGAAGCACAAAAAUAUCGUCAGCAGCUUCUAAAGAAAGAACAAGAAGCAGAGGCCUAUCGGCAGAAGUUAGAGGCAAUGAACCGCCUCCAGACUAAUAAAGAAGCUGUUUAAUAAAAAAUGAACAUACUACAAAGCCUGUUACUUUCAAAAACCUGCAGUACAAUCUUGAACUGUACACUAUAUAGGUACAGACACAGGAUUAAAUGAUAGAGAAGAUGCUACAAGUUGAUAACUGGACUUAAGCCGUGAGCUCUGAAUUUCUUGUAACAUAAAACCUCUGAAUUUAGAAAUUGUGAAAAGUAUUUAAAAUUAAAUACUGUAAAUAGUUGGUUUUUUUACAGUUUCAAAAUUAGUUGAUAAAUCUUUUUGAAGGGAUCCAGAAACACGAGAAGCCAAUGUUUUUGUGAAAUUUUUGAUUUUAGUAUGAAUCUAACUUCUGAAAAUCAGAACAGUUUUAAGGGUGAUGUUGUUGAUUUAAGCUGACAACUUGAAAAUGAAUUAUGUGACAAAAUGAAUGAACAGUUAUUUCUACAUGGUAACAACUUAAACUUCUUUGAAUAAGACAUUUCCAGGUGGAAAUCUUUGUACAGCUUUAAGUAGUUGUCUCAGAUUCUCUGAAAACCGUUUUUGGUUGUGUUUUUUUUAUUUUAGGUCGUGAAAUUUUUAUAUUUAAUUUCAGAUAUAUCCAAGUAGAAUUACAUGUAUAUGAAGCUAAUAUUUUUUAAACUUUUCAGUUUGUACAUAUGCUGCAUGUUUUUAUAAUUUCUACACAUCUUGCCUAGGUUUUUUUCAGCAAAGAUGAGAAAAAUUAUGAGAAAAAUGUUUAGUCUAUAGGUCAUUUGAACUAAGCUAGGAGCCAGUUUUAUUGUGGAUGGUAUAUUUCUUGGAAGAAUGUGAUUUGUAAUUAAAAAGAACAAAAAAAAAAUCUCAAUUUACGUAUUAGAGGCAAUUUAAAAUUUGGUAGUGGAGGCAUUGAAAAUUCACCUUGUGUGUCUUAUAAUUUUCCUGUAGAAACAUGUUGAAGUUCAGUAACGAAUAGAAAAGAAUGUCUCCACUGGAACACAAAUAGUAGUUCUUUUAGAAUAUUCCUAUUGAUCUGUUUUCCCCCUUGAAAUUUUCAGUGAUACAUUUUUUCUAAACAGACUUUUGCAUUUUGAUUAUGCAAUUGGACAAGUGAUUUUUUUUUUUAUGUUGUACUGAUGCUCUUCUUACCUAGCAUCAUUGUUCUUCACUGUGAUACUGUGUUUGUGUGUGUCUGUGCAGUGAUCUAUUAUGCUUAGGAUUGAUAUAGCACAUGACAUCUUCAGAGCAUUGUAAAAUCUUUUAAAGAACCCUUACUGUACUGCCUGAGGCAGGUAAGUGAGUGUUAUCGUCUCAAUUUUAUAACUGGUAUAAGUGCAACACAGGGAGUGUUAAAUGACUGGCCCGUGACCACGUGAAUCUGGUGGACCUGGGAAUAGGUCUCAGGAGUUCCUGGCUUCUAGUCCUGUGCUUAGACUGAUCUGCCUUAAGAUUGUUCAGUGCUGUUACAUGAAAUUUUGAACUACUGUGCAGAUUCCCUUUUUGUAAGAUAAAACUUUGUGCUUUGCUUUGUUGUUCCAUGUUUCACUGCUUUUAUGGAAUUGUUUAUAUAAACUUAAGCAAAAAGUCUAGUUUACCUAUACUGUACACAGAAGAAUUACCCUUAAAACUGUACUCUGGCCUACUUUUUCUAUUUUACAAUUAAAUAUCUUUUCCACAUA